AUGCUCGUAUCUGACCAUGGAGGGGUGCUUUCCUAUCCUGCUGCGGCGGAAGCCCCAAACCCACCGCCUACGCAGCACAUCUACUCCACUAAUCUAGAUCUUAAAGACGAAAUCCUGUUGCCACGUUCGGCACCCACAGCUCCUCGGCAGCCUACCGGUGACGACGCCGCUGCGGCUUUUCCCGUUGCACCAACCGACGCAGACGCCAGCAGCAGAAGUAGCAACGUCGACAACAACAGUGGCGUACACGGCAUUAGCUCCACUUCCUGCCAUAAGGGCAGCAGCAUGAACACCCCUUACUCACAGUCUUCUCUUUCACCAAAUACAGCAGUACAUACAGUAGCAAGGCACAGCAGCAAGAUGGACUCAGAGUUAAUGCUGGCUGCAGAGGCUAGAGCGCCCAGAAGAGAGGGCAUAGGGCUUUCGCGCGUUGUCAAUAUGAUAUUUUCUGGGUCUAGAAGCGGGAGCAUGAAAAAUCGUAACUUCAAUAUGAGGCGGGGCUCGCGGCAGCAGCUUUUGCUGCCUUGCUUGCUGGGGGACCCUUUCGUCUGCCUAAAUGUUGACAAAAGAGUUGGAGUUGCAGCUGGGACCUUACUAGGGCGUCUUUCCCUCUUCUACUGGCCCACAAUGCAGCAGGAUCAGCGGCAGCAGCAGCAGGAUCAACAGCACCAAGAGCUGGAGUCACGGCAGAAGGAAGGACCAAUGAGGGGUGAGGUUCUCCUCCCCCAGGCCUACAGCGACGACGGCGUGGCCAUAUGCUGGACAGAUACAUCAUAUCUCACGGCUGUCGUUGGAGCGUCUGAUCUGGUGCAGUGGAAGUUGCCGUCGCUGCGAUGUAUGGGCAGUGAGCAGCUAUCGCUGUUUGCAUGUCGGAGUGCCUUCAACUCUGUGACAAUCAGCAUGCGCAUGCUGCGCCGUUGUCGGGAAUCGGGCCAACUGCUGCUGCUAUAUAGACACUGCAGCAGGGCCCUCGCGAGCAUCAUACUGCAUAAGUUGUAUCAGCCAGAGUGGGUGGCCUCUUCAGCAACAAGUGCGACCCUCACAGACCACAAAAGGUUGCAGCAGAAAGCCUGGGCGCAGGCUCUCGCUGCAGGUGUCUGUUCACUGGAUCCUCAGCAGCAGCAGCAACAGCAGAAGAUACCCAGAAGUCACAGCACAUGCCUACUUGGCACUGGCGCCGCCUGCAUAAUGGACAUAAGGGAGGGAGACAUGUACGAGCGUUACGAGACCACUUACUUCUGUAAAUUAUGGCGGAGUGUUGAGGCCUCAAAUUUAAUUGCCCUGGACUUUAAUGGCGACUUUGUGCUCUGGUGCGCUGCUCGCCGGAGUUACAUGGAUGAGUAUUUGGUGCACCAACAGAUGGCGCCACGCCGCAUGCACCACGCUUGUUUUUUGUCAUACUUCUUUUUACUUGUUUCUGAUGACAAAUCAAUUUCCGUUUUCGACCUCCGUCUCUCCUUCUUCGACUACUACGCCUCCAGGGCCCGAGCUCUAGGCUUGGGGAGCAGUUGUAGAACAGCUGCAACGGCAACACCUGCACCAGACGCAGCAGCAGCAGCUUUUGCCUGCUGCGCAGGCACUUGCAUGAACUACAAAGGCACAGACCAGCAGCAACAGCAACAGCAGCCGUCCGCGGCUGCAUCCUGCUCGGGCUCCGGCUCCCGUCUUCUGAGGAGGCAAGCCGGUCCUUCUGCGUCGGCUGAUGGGGGUUGCUCACAGCUUCGUGAUAGUUGCGACACAUCCAAAUCACCAGUAGCAGCAGGAUCAGCGGCAGCAUCAACGGCAAAUUCUCCGCUGCAAGCUCUGCCUGCUCUUUUUUUACGUUGUUUACAAAAAGCUGAUUUAACGAAUCAAAGUUGUAACUCCAACAUGAAAGGCGGAAACAAAAGCCUCAUUCAACGAAUAAUCAGGAGCGUCUCAGGGGGGAAUAGUAACAAGAAUCAAGAAACAGCGGCGGUUGCGGCUGCUGCCUCAGCGGACUCCGCCGCGGUUUCAGCAACUACAGCAGCGGCAGCAGCAAGGGCGGCGAAGCGAACAGGGCCGACCGGAUCCAACGGCUCUGCUGCUGCAGAGGACGAGCCACUUCAUGCCUUAAGGGGGAACUGUACUCUUGGCUGCAGCGGCAGCUGGCCUUACGCUCUCGCGUCCGAUGGCUCGCUUGUUGGGUACACCAGCGAUGACGGGGUAUAUGGCCUGUUGCUCAGAGAGGCUCAUUUGGGCUGUUGCUGGGUGUCGGGCACGGAGACGUUUUGUGCACUGCCGACAGAGGUAGCAGAGGAACAAGUACCCAAAACAAUUUAA